GUGGAAGUCACUAAAAAAGUCAAAAUCCUUUCAAUAAAGAAAAAAAAAAAAAUAAAAAAUAAAAAAAAAUCAGUUUAAAUAGCUUUAUUGUUUAUAAACAAUGUCAAAAAGUUUACCAUUUACAAAAAUCAUUCACAAUCCUGUAAAAUCAGAACUUGUCUUGGCUAAUGGUCAGCAUUUCUUAGUUUUAAACUCUAGCACAGGCAAUAUUGUUAAAGCAUAUCCUCAAGAAGAACAAGCCAACAAUGUCACCGAUUUCUAUCGUAGUAUGGCUUUUAAUAAAGAUGGGUCUUUACUUGCUACUUCUGGUGAAAAUAAAGAAAUUUGUGUUUGGAAUACAAAUGAUUGGACUUUGAAGAAUAAAAGACCUGCUUAUAAACGUAUUAACGCACUCAAAUUUAAUAACAAUUCUACAGAAGUUAUUGCUGCUGAUAAGUUUGGUGAUGUUUACUGUCAUCCUAUAAAAGAAGUUGUUGAAGGCGAGGAAAAACUUGCACCUAUUGUAGGUCAUGUUUCUAUGGUUACUGAUAUGUUAUUGACCCCUGAUGAAAAAUACGUGAUCACAUCAGAUCGUGAUGAACAUAUUCGAGUUAGUCGUUACCCUAAUGGUUAUAAUAUCGAAUCUUUUUGUUUAGGACACACUGAUGUUGUUACAUGUAUCAGCAUUUUACCUUGGGAUGAGAAAAAAUUGGUAUCUUCUGGUGGUGACUGUACAAUUCGUCUUUGGGAUUAUGUUCAUGGUAAGCAAUUGGCUGUUCUUGACUUGAAAAAUCAGAUUGAAGCCUAUAAGCCUCCUGCUUCAGAUGCCAACUCUGAGGAUGCUAUCGUAAGCACACUUACCUUUGAUAGCAACACAAAAUCUCUUGCUGUUGCAUUUGCUAAAUCUCCUGCUGUUAUCAUUUUGAGUUGGCAAGAUUCUGAAUUUGUUUAUCAGGAAACAGUUGUUGUCUCAGCAUCUAUCCUUGAUAUUGAAUUUGAUUUGGAAGGAAAACUUUGGAUAGCUUUAGAUGAUGAACAAAAGCGUAUGGCAGUAGCUGUUCAAAAGGAUAAUCAUUAUGUUGUAGAUACAAAUGCAGAUAUUGUAAAUCAAAUCAACACAAUCGAGGUUUGCAAGACAAACAAGAUGCCUGAUCUUUAUACAAUCUUUGGUCUUCGAAAAUUCCUUGAUUUACCUGAAGGAGAAGACGAAGGUGAUAAGAAUAAAAAGAAGAGAAAGACAGAAUAAAGCAAUUAGAUUUGUUAUUGUUAUUAUUAUUAUUGUUAUUAUAGAAUAUGGAUUUAUGUCAUAAAUAAAUAAAAAACCAAAAAUGUU